AUGUUUCAAAAAGAGAGGCUGGAAGGUGCAAUUGACCAAGGAAGCCAUUUUUACUGGGAUGAUGUGCGCGACCCAAUCAUGCAACAUCCAGGGGAUGUUCUUCUCAUAUUCGACUGCACGGCCCCUUUCCCACUGUCGUCCUCCAAGAGUAAUCGACCACAACAAUCUCAUACUGGGGAGGAAGCCGAACCCCCUCAAGAAAUCAGGCUUUUUAUGGGCCCUGGUGUGCUCUCUAGAAAGGGAACGAAACAGGUGCUCGGCGUGUGUGUCCCUUCUUCGUUGGCUUCGGGAAGAUCAGGAUUUGGGGCAGAGCCAUUGAGUAUCUCGUUCAAAUUGUCAAAAGAAAAGCAAAAACCAGAAAUGGCCGAGAAGCCUCGUGCACGGCCAAGGUCACUUUUGUUGCCCGGAUUUGAUCUGAACAAUCUGGAACCCUCAGAUUCGGUUGAGCCUCAAGGUGACCAAGGAGCAGGACAGCCAGAGCUCGAACAGUCGAGUUCACCGUGGAAGCUCGACGACACCAUGACAAAAGCGCUCUGCAGAAUCCUGGACAGAGAUCGAAACCGAGUGAAGACGGAGGUGGGGAUGAACGAGAUAUUGUCUGUGCAACGGUUAUGCAGUCUUGUUAGGGAAGAUAUACGACAGACAUCAACUCUACCAUCGACAAUAGGAUCGGAGCAAAGGGAAGCGAUAAGGGAAGUGGAGAGGGGGCUGGCAGGAAGGGUAUUUGUCACACAACUUGGUGGGGGACAGAUACAGGACAUUUACCUGCCUUGUCUUGGUGCUUGA